AUGAGUCUUCAACGCCUCACACUUCGGGCGAAACAAAGUCUCUCGGGACUUUAUUCUUUCGGCGACACACAGAACCCUUCCUCCAACGAAAAUACCAAGCCUCCAUCUGAUGAGAUCAAAGCGGACGAUCCCAUCAAUCUCGAGGAGUUCGGCUUGUGCACGUCCAACGUAUCCUCUGCCAGUCCUGACGUUCACAAAUCUUCCCCGAGUAGGGACAGUCCCUCGAGGCGUAAGAGAUUGAUGGGAUCGCUACGACGCAUCGGCUCACUGCGAAACAUGCAAUCGCCUCCCAGCAAGACCAAAGAUCGAAGUGAUAUCCUAACUGAGCCUGAGAGCCCUCGUACCCCAGUUCGAGGCAUGAGACAGUCGCUUGCGCUCAACUUCGAAGAAUCUCCACCAGGCCGUCCUAUGUUCGAGAUUCUUUCGCGUGACCGCUCAGAUUCGUGA